ACCGCCCCUUGUGGCUCCUCCAUACCAAGCGGCUGGCUCAUUUAAACGCGAGUAAUUACCAGGGAAACGGCGAGAGCGUGAGCACGGGAAAGAAGGAGACGCGGGGCUUUUAGAUGCAGCUGUGGCACGGCCUCUUGCUCACUCUUCAGAAACCUGGAGUCCUGCAAAAUCGGCGCUGCUCCCUCCAUUUAACUUUCAACGACCAGCCAAAACUUCAAGCACGCCGGUUGCAAAGACGCGGAGAAGCAUACAAGUCUGCUUUGCCACGGAGUUGCUAAAAACACAGUAACAGUGCAAAAUCAGCUAAUAAAAGCUAUUGUUUAAACAGAAUAGACAGGAAGGAAACAAACACAGAGACAGAUAGGGGAGAAUCUGUCAUUAUGCCAUGCCUGCCGUUAUGCUGCCUGUGCGCUGCUUUAGCGCUGAUGCCCGUCCAGAUAGGCGCCCUCAGUGAAGACAGUGACAUCGACGUGCUAAUUCUUUUACCCAAAGAUACCUCAUACUUGUUCUCCAUUCCCAGGGUCAAACCAGCUAUAGAAUACAUACUGGACAGAAUCAGGGGCAACGAGAGUCUCCAUUCAGGAUUCACCUUCAAGGCGCGCUAUGAGAACUCCAAUUGCGGCAAUCAAGCCCUGUUCACCCUGGUGGAGCUGUCCUUCAAGAGGAAGCCCGACGUGAUCCUGGGACCUGUGUGCGAAUACGCGGCCGCACCGGUCAUUCGAUUGGCGUCCCACUGGAAUAUCCCAGUCAUCUCGGCAGGUGCACUGGCUUCGGGCUUUGCCAGCAAGAGCCCUGAGUACACGCAUCUGACUCGAGUGUCUCCUUCUUAUCGCAAGAUGGGGGAGACUUUCAAGGCAAUGUUCCGCUACUUCGACUGGAAGAGAGCCUUAUUCAUCUACGACGACGACAAUAUGGAAAGGAACUGCUAUUUUGCUACUGAAGGGGUGUACAAUGCACUGGACGAGGACGGCCGCCACACUGUCACACAUAAGAUCGAUUCCAGGUACCACGUUGACGUGGACGAGAUCAUCAAGCUGAUCCAGGACAGCGAGAGUGUUGUGGUGAUGUGUGCCACCAGCAACAUUAUCCGAGAAAUUAUGCUGGCUGCUCAUCGGUGGAGAAUGACUAAUGGAGACUUUACUUUCUUUAAUAUUGAAUUGUUCAACAGCACAUCUUACGGGAAUGGAUCCUGGAAGAGAGGGGAUAAGUAUGAUGCAGAAGCCAAGCAGGCAUAUGCCUCCUUGAAGACUGUCACCUUGCUGAGAUCUGUCAAACCCGAAUUUGAAAACUUUUCAACAGAAGUGAGGAAGUCAUUACAGAAACUGAAACUUGAUGACGAAGAUAACUCUGUGAACAUGUUUGUUGAAGGAUUCCAUGAUGCAUUGCUGCUUUAUGCCUUGGCCUUGCAUGAAGUCUUGAAGAAUGGUUAUACCAGAAAGGAUGGAGACAAAAUUGUGCAGCAGAUGUGGAACAAAACAUUUGAAGGCAUUGCAGGCCAGGUGUCUAUAGACUCGAAUGGUGAUAGAAAUGGAGAUUUCUCUGUGAUUGGCAUGACGGAUCCUGAAGCAGGCACUCAUGAGGUACUUGCUAACUACUAUGGAUUAAAUGAAAGUUUUGAACUUCAACCCAGAGCAAAAACUGGGCGCUUCUUUCCAAGGCUACCUCCAUUGGGCAGCAUAUUUCCUGAAGAAUCGGCCAUCCCUUGUAAAUCAUCAGGUGGUCUCGGAGAAUCAGCUGUUACUGGCAUUGUUGUAGGAGCUCUACUUGGGACUGCGUUACUUAUGGCUUUCUAUUUUUUCAGAAAAAACUACAGAAUUACAAUUGAGAGGCGAAUCCAGCGAGAAGAAUGCGACAUUGGGAAGCAUCGCCAGCUGAGAGAAGACUCAAUUAGAUCUAAUUUCUCAACAGCAUAGAAAUGACAAAGGAAAUGCUUGUUAUCCCACCAGGCGUCUGAAGGGAUGUGACCAAAGACUUUGGAGGCUGUUGAAGAAGUCCUGUUAUUUAAGAAGUUUAAAAAAAAAGUUGUUUUUUAAUCUCAAUUUCUUUGACAUUCACACACUCAGGAAAGUUGUAUUGAUUAUAUGGUGUAACUUAAUGGCAUAUCAUCUCUGUAGAGACAAUGGUAUAAUUUAACUGUCUAAAGCUUUUUAAAAGGUAAUUUUGAGUUUUGGGUAGUAACAUUUCUGUCAUUGCAAGUAUACAUUCCAUACGAAUAUGCGCUCUUGAGUACAUAAUUGUGUUAUUUGAAGUACCGAGAAUUAAACUCGUAGUCAGUUACAAAUGCGAGGGAUAUAUUUUUAUAUAUAAAAAUGAAUUUUAGAAAGCUGAAGGCAAUGUUUUCUUGUUUUGUUAGCAAGGCAUCCUUUACCCAGAUAAUCAAUAGCAUGUCUUGUAAACAAGCGAAUGUAAUGUUUAUAGAUUAACAUUUCUGACAAAAGAAUGUAGACUUAUGGGAAAUCAUAUUUACAUAAGUUUAAAGCAUAGCAGGGACUAAUACAUGUCACAUGCUCACCAACGAAGAAUUCAAAGGAGGAGCAUUUUCGUUUUUGUGAAAAAAAAAUUGAUAAUGGAAUGCAAAAUAAUUUGUUCUACCAUUGUCUGAGAAAUCCAUGCUAAAUACUGUAUCUUAGUCCAAGAUAAAAGUUUUAUGUUUAAAGGGCAUUCUUUGUCUGUGGCAAAAAAUGUAUACUUAAUCACAAUUGCUUUUCUUUUUUAUUGUUUUUAACUUAUUUAUUUUUCCUGUAUACAGAAGUAGUUAACUUUUUUAUCCAAACCAAUGCGAUUUACGGCUAGAAUUACAUAAAACUGCGUUUCCUUUGGUAUUCAUUAUGAGUAUACCUAGACCAUCUUUGAAUAUUCCUGGAAAAUUAAAUUAUGAGUUCAUUGGUACUUACUUUUAUUGGGAGCAUAGUAUGACACUUGGUUUAGCUAGCUUCUUUUUCAUUAUUUUCAGAAAAAGCAGGCAGUUUUGUAGGCCUCACCUUGUCAAAUUCACAUUUUGCUUGCACCUUGCAUCGACAUUUGUUAUAGUGAAUUAAUUUUAUUUGAAGCGCUUUGAAAAGAAAUUGUAUCGGUAAACUGACACAUGCAUUUAAUCUUUCUGUGUAUGUGGUGAGUUUGUUGAUUAUUUCAGCUUCUUCUUAACUAUAUGCUUUGUUGGUAGAAAUUUAACAGUACCAUCCCCAUUAACAGGAUUCAUAUUUUUAAUUUGUUUUAAAUUUUCUGCUUUGUAGUUUACUUGCUGCUUCGAUUUCUUCUACUAUUUGCAGCUUUUCCAUAAAACAAUCUAUCACAGAUUUCACAAAUUUUAUGCUCCAUGAUCAAAUUUUAAACCAAUUAAAACAAAAGGUUCCUGUGGUAUUUCAAAGUUACCAGCUUAAAGAAGGAAUGAAUUAUAUAAAAUAUUACGGUGCACCAUAUACAUAGAAGUCUCCAUGCGUUUUUGCUUCACAUCACAAUUCAGCUUCUUCAUGACUGAUUAAGAAAAAAAUGACAAUUAUUAACACUUUGAGGUGCAUAGGAAGAACAAAUAAGUACACCUAACUUUAUUUCUUAUUUGACAUAGAAAUUUCAGUGUUUGAAUGUGAGAAAUUUGAUGAAAAUGCUAAGGGACUUGUGGCAAACAAAUGAGAAAAAGGGAAACAAAUCUCCAGUGUAAUACAAAUUUAGGUGAAAUUGAAAAUACAAGCUGUUAUUAACUGCGGUGGGCUGGCGCCCUGCCCGAGGAUUUGUUCCUGCCUUGUGCCCUGUGUUGGCUGGCAUUGGCUCCAGCAGACCCCCGUGACCCUCUAGUUAGGGUAUAGCGGGUUGGAAAAUAAGUGAUGACUGAGUUCUUAUUAAAAGAAAAUCAAUAGCAGACCUACAACCUUAUAACGUGAUAUUAAUGUAAUCUGCUUGAUUCUGUAUUAAGCAUGAGAUGACUUGAUGUGAAAUUCUGGAUGGCGCUCCAGCACUAGGGUUACAUUGCAAAAUUGUCAGUGUUAAAUGAGCUCAUGCAGUAUUAUAAAGUCAUCGUUAAAAAGUGCACAUGUAAAAAAAAAUAAUGCACACAUCCUAAGUGUACAUAUACAAGUAGUGUUUCCAUGUAUACACUUUAAGCAUUAAUUUAAUAGUCAUGAUUUUGCCGAAAAGAAGCUAUUAACAGUAUCUGCUCUGAGGUCUUGUCCAGUGACUCAGUGAUGUUGUUUGGCCAAAAAUGAAUGCAAUUCCAAAAUGAUAAAGAAAUUUUAAAGAGAAUUGGAUUGUAAUAAAAUGUCAUCAUUUGGUAGAUGCUUUGGAAGUCAGAAUGGCAAAUGGAUCUAAAGAGGGAAUAUUAACACUAGGACCUCAAAUUUGGUUGAAAAAAGUCUCUUUAAUUUAGACCACUAUGGUAUACCCUCACUGUAUAUUGGUAGACUCCUCCAAGACUUAGUGGCCUUUGUAGUGAACCCUGUUUUUGAAUAGUUAAUGCACUUAGAAUCCAAACCGAUGUCACAUUACGUGACUUGUAGUCAAUGGGUGCAUUAGAUCUGCUGACUGCAGUUGCCAGUCCUGUCGGCAAACCAAUUUACAUGACAGAAAAAUGCUGGACAAGUGUCACAUUUAAUAUCUAGGCAUCAACCUUCCAGCAUUGUCGUGCUCAUCCCUUUUUAUCUGAAAGACAAUAACACACUGUACGAAGAGUUAAAAGGUAUGGCCGACUUCACUCUUAAUUUCUGCCCUUUUUUUGUUUUUUAUUUUUUCCAUUCUGUCAUGGUACAUAAAACACAAGACAUCAGAAAGACAGACAGAGCUUCUCUUCUGUUUGUGAGGUCCAAAACACAUACAUUUCUUUUUCCUCAUCACUGCAUUAUAUGCAGUGUAAUUCCAUUGGUUGUCAGCUCUCAUGGACACACCAAGUCCGCCCCUAUAAUUAUGAUUUUGACAGAGAGAAUUGUGGAUUAGUUGGAGUGAGUCGCAGGGCAUGUCACAUUAUGAGUCUGGCCUUCACAGGAGUGCGUUGUUGACUGCCACCGACUCACUAAAAUUAUGCAAAUGAAGGCUACGACCAAAAAUCGCUGCAACAGUGCUCAGGUUGCAGCUCUUUGUGUCUGCCAUUAUUGUGCAGGUUCCAGUAUUUGAGAUGACAAAGUGAUUUUCCUGCGACAAGUAAGUUCAGUAAACAGAUAUGAGGAUGGUAGAAAAUGAACUGCUAUAUAAGAAAAGAUGAUGUUCGGUUAGUCUAAAACAUGCAAUUCAGGGAUCAAUUGGAACAUAUCCCAUUAAAGUAAAAAAUAAUAAAAUUGAAAAGAAAGAAAGAAGAUAAUAAACUAAAUAAAAAAUGUCUUUUUUAAGAGAUUGUCCAAGUAGAAACUAAAGAUAAUAUUGCUUCUGCCUCUCCACUGAACAUUUACAUAAAUACAAUAAACACAGAGUAGAGAUAGAAGAACAAAGCUUAUUUUAUAAUAGUUAAGGUGAACAAUGCAAGGAACUAUUACUUGAGAAUUUGCGGAUAUCAUAUCAUACAGGAAAAUCGUUUACCUUGUAAAGCAACCACAUUAAAAUAUAAUAAUAAUAAUAAAAAUAAUAAUAGUAAUAAAUGAAAGAUCUGCUUGUAGGUGGAUGAUAUUUGCUUUUAAUUUAAAUUUUUAUUAAUACAAUGCUAGCUUUUAAGAUUAUUUUAGUGAAGUGAUGCUUACAGCUGAAAAUAUAUACCUUUAAAUAUAAUUGUAUAAGUUACUCAAAGAAAGAGCUCAGAAUUAUUUGAAUACAUUUUACCUUGUGAUUUAUUCAGUAAAAAAAUAUCCUUUGUCUUCUGUGUUCAUUAGUUUUAUAUAACUACCCCUUUGUAGGUUUACUGUGAAACCUAAAUACUUCAGAUGAAAUACUUCAGUAAGAUUUUAACAAUCAUGUUAGCUUAAAACUACAUACUGUAUAUGAAGUAAACAUUACUUUGUGUCCUAAAAUCCUGGACAGUGUUCUACAGUAUACUGUAUGUUUGCUUUGUGUAUAGUAGACUAUUUAUAGUAUAUUAUUUUCAUUUACUAUGCAUUUUUAAUUCAUUUGUCAACAAUUAUUUUUUACUGCAUCUUGUUAAAAAGCUUUGGAGGCAGCAUAGAACAUAAAAGCCAAAAACAUUUGGAGUUUGUCUUUUCAAUGUUGCAU